AAAAAGAAGAUAUGGAUUUGUAUCGUGGAUUUCUUAAGUUAACUUUGGUGAUGUUCCUACUUGUGCAAGAGGUGUUGGCAUUCACGAAGUGUGAGGUCUCAGUACUUACCGUUAAGGUAGUUGACGCAUGCCCAACCGACGAAGAGUCGUGGAGAAAGGCAGCAGAGAGAUUCAAUUGUUCAUCUAUUCCUCAGUCGUGUUCACAAUCAUCUGGAGACAAUGCUCAAUAUUUUAAAUUUCAGUAUCAUUGUGUUAUCAACGCAUGGAGAAAUGCGACAUUAGAAGUAUGCGCACCUAAUCGCACUAUCCUUGGCUUUUGUACAGAAUUCAACUUACAAGGGGCAUUAAUUCAGGACAACUAUGACGCAGAGUGCACAAAACAUAAUCCACCAUGUCCAACCAGUUAUAACUCAGCGGAGGCAUACAAAUAUCAAACGUGCUAUGAAAUGGUCAAAGAAAACCGACUGAGAAACAAGCAAGAGAGUAAAAAGGAAAAUAUUUCUGGAUAUACAAGUUUAUCGUCAUCAAACAGGAUAACUGGACAUCUUGAUGUGAUUACUUACCUGCUUCUCUUUGAAGUUGUUUUAAGACAUUUGUGAUAGUGACCUAGUUUGUAAUAUUAAUAUAUGUAUAAAUGUUUGAAUAUAUGUACAUGUACGUAUGUAUGAACGAACGUUUCGACUUAUGCAUCGUAUGUAUGUUUGUAUGCAUUAAUGUAUGGGUUAUUGUGUGAAUGACGAUGGAUUGAUCUGCAUUGGAAAAAGAAAAAGACGUAUGAUCAAAAUACUAUGUAAAACUUUAUUACCCACCCAAUUUUCCUCAUUAUUAAAUUGGGAAAAGAUCUUACUUAAAAGCCAUUUAAAUUGUAAAUCAUUUCAUACAUAUUAAAAACAAAAUCUUUAAAAUACGGAAAUUUUUAAAACGGAUUCUGUAGUGAAAUGUAAGAAAAAUCAUUACUUAGAGAAUAGGGUUCGGAGAUGAUUUGACUACUGUUUUUCCUUUGCCAAAGAACCUUUUGAUUGUUUAAUUUUAAUUAAAACGUGUUUAAUCGAUGUUACACGGAAAUCAACGAGGAUACUGUCCUGGCAAUAACUCAAAGGAGAGUAAAUUGAAUUUUCUUGCAAUAUCUUGUUUUAACACAGUGGUAUUUUAAUCAUGUUAUCUUUUUCAAGAUCUUAUUUUUGAAGAUUUUUUUUUUCUAAAGCGGAUGAUUAAUAGAAUUACCUCGAAGGAGAUUAUUGGAAAUAAACAGACUGCAAAAUCUGCUGCAUGCAUCCUGUUGUUUUCUUUCUAAGUGAUGGAUAAUUGAACAUAUCUGUUUAUUGUAUAAAUGUAUAUAUUUUUUUUAUUAGUGUACACGGCAUUUCCUGUAAAAGAUGAAGAGUUAAUAAA